CGGCGGGGAGGGGGCAGGGAGAUAAAUGAGGACCGGUGUGCAUCUCCGCCUCUCCCCCCCCUCGUCGACUGCCUGGCCAGGCCCAGGGUGCGACGUAGGCGCGCCUCCACGUCGGGGCUCUCUUCUUCCUUUUUCAGCCGGCUCCAUGGCCCCGGGCCGCCCCAAGCCCCAGGAUCACCUCCCCUCACCUCCAAACACUCUGCGUCCUUUACUCCGACGCACUCGCCCCUCCAACAAGAGCCACACACACACACACACACCAUGGGCCGGUCUGCCAAGGGAACUAAGCGCCCCUCCAAGAAGGAGAAGGAGCUGAAGCGCGAUGGGUCUGAGGUCGCCCGCAAGGGACCCGCCUCCCUGGCCAAGAAGAAGUCCGCCGGGAAGAAGACCCGCGCCGGGUCCAAGACCACGGCCCAGCGCGUUGAGCUUGGCCAUUCGGGGCCCGUGGCGCAGGCCCUGCGCGCGGCCAUCGAUGUCAAGACCGCGCGACACAUCUCCAAGGGGAUCAUCCAGGGCCGGCCGACCGGCUUCGCGGCGCUGAUUGACGUGCCGGAGCCGGCUGCGCCCGCGGCGGGUCAGCAGCCCCCGGCCUCGGACCCGUCCGCCUGAGAAAUAAUCAAGGGCCCAAGGAAAAACCGAGAAAGAAAGAAAAAAAGAAAAAGAGGCCUGCCCGCUCCUCGUUCGGUGGCGCUCCUCUCCCCCCCCCCCCCCCC